AGUGUUUGAUAAAGACAGCUCCUCUUAGGAAGAAUUGUCAUCCCCAAACACAUAGAGAGACACUCUCUCUCGAUUACAAUCGUGAUUUCCAGAAUGGAGAAGAUGACGAUGAUGAUGAAGAUAUUGAUUAUGUUUGCUCUUGGAAUGAACUACUGGUCUUGCUCAGGUUUCCCAGUGUACGACUACAAUCCAUCCUCCUUAAGGGAUGCCCUCAGUUCCUCUGUGGCAAAAGUGAAUUCCCAGUCACUGAGUCCGUAUCUGUUUCGGGCAUUCAGAAGCUCAUUAAAAAGAGUUGAGGUCCUAGAUGAGAGCAACUUGGUCAUGAAUUUAGAGUUCAGCAUCCGGGAGACUACAUGCAGGAAGGAUUCUGGAGAAGAUCCUGCUACAUGUGCCUUCCAGAGGGACUACUAUGUGCCCACAGCUGUUUGCAGAAGCACCGUGAAGGUAUCUGCCCAGCAGGUGCAGGGCGUGCAUGCUCGCUGCAGCUGGUCCUCCUCCACAUCCGAGUCUUACAGCAGCGAAGAGAUGAUUUUUGGGGACAUGUUGGGAUCUCAUAAAUGGAGAAACAAUUAUCUAUUUGGUCUCAUUCCAGAUGAGUCCAUAAGUGAACAAUUUUAUGAUCGGUCACUUGAGAUCAUGAGAAGGGUAUUGCCUCCUGGAAACAGAAGGUACCCAAACCACUGGCACAGAGCAAGAAUAAAUACUGACUUUGAGUAACAGCCUUGAGGUGUCUCUCGCCCUUUUGAUUUGUUCAACGAGCUGCUGCUUCGCAUAGCUGCUCUAGUAUCUGGUAUCAUCGGAUCUGGUUUUGAAUAAUGCCAGGAGUCCUGGGUCCCUGGCCUCCAAAGCUGGAAUGUGAACGCAUGCCACGGUGGUCUGACCCUCACGCUGCUUUUCUCUUAACAGCAAAAUGCAAUGGAAGGAAGAGAAGUUCCAACAAAGAAUGAUUUUGUGAAUUCUGUGAUUUUUCUUCUGAUCAGUUUCAGUCUGGAAUAAAUGCCUUAUUUUUCCCGUAA